AUGGGUCAGGCGGAAAAGUCUCUUGGGGAAACAAGAAUCCGACGGACAGGAACCCUCGGGAACCCUUACUGGGGAGGGGGACCCUACGAAAUCUCGGAUCCAGUGAUCGGGGACUAUCGGACUCAGGGACUCAACGGAAAAAGGACCACCGGCCACCUGGGGAUGUUAGAGCAUUUGAAAGUAUAUUUCAAAUGGGAAGUCAAUCUGGCCUACGGCAGGGUCACAGGAAGGUCCCAAAAAAGGCCUUCGGGCAUUCUACCAAGAACAGCCCCCCCCCCUUUGGAUUGUAGGUUUCCUAGGCAACGGCGGGAGAUGGUAGGGACAUCGGCGCAGAAAAUACACAUUUUGGCAUCGCAUGCUCCUACCGAUAGGGACACUUUGGUAGCUUUAUGCCUUAAUAGGCUUCGGUAA